UUCGGGUCCCCCAGCCUGACUGUUUCAAAUCGCCCAUUCUCUCCUCAUCGAAUGAAUCGAAGUAGUAUCCAGCUGUGAGGAUCUAGUCUAUCCAGCUUCAUAAACACACACCACGAAUAGCGGGGCUUUGGUCGAAGUGAGACCGGUUAUCUGUUCAUCAGAGUCAGGCUCUCAUAGAGCCCGGAAUCGGAGAGUGAAUGAGGUUGAUGCUGCUCUGUUGUGACUGGAAGGACGAACGUAUGGGAGAGGAGGAAGCUGGCAGAAGCUUGCCCGUGUGUGCGGGAUGCAGACAGCGGAUCUAUGAUGAACAGUAUCUCCAGGCACUCAACACUGACUGGCACACAGUUUGCUUCAGAUGCUGUGAGUGCAGUGCCUCCCUGUCCCACUGGUACUAUGAGAAGGAGGGCCGGCUCUUCUGCAAGAAGGAUUACUGGGCCAAGUUCGGAGAGCUGUGCCAUGGAUGCAAUGACCCCAUCACCACCGGACUGAUUAUGGUCGCCGGGGAACAGAAGUACCACCCAGAAUGUUUCACCUGUCUGAACUGCAGAGCCUUCAUCGGAGACGGAGACACCUACGCACUGGUGGAGAGGUCCAAACUAUACUGUGGCCUCUGUUACUACCGGACUAUCGUGACGCCGGUGUCCCUGCCAGACUCACCAUGCGCCAGGAUUCCCCACACGGUGACCCUGGUGUCCAUCCCAGCCUCCACAGACGGGCGGAGAGGGAUCUCAGUCGCCAUCAACCAGCCUGUCAGCCCCAACGGCUACGGCCCCGAACGCACUGUCAGGGUAUCACAGGUGGACUCUGAGUUGAUCAGUCCAGAUGUGAAGAACUCCAUACAUGUCGGAGACCGGAUCCUGGAGAUCAACGGAACACCCAUCAGGAAUGUUCCUCUCGAUGAGAUUGACCUGCUCAUCCAGGAGACCAGUCGUCUGCUCCAGCUGACCAUAGAGCACGACCCCCACGACCAGGGGGGUUUAGAGGGUGAGACAGUGGGCGGACCCCUGACCACCCCCCUGUCUGACGGUCCAAGCCCCAUCCUCCCCAUCACUCAGCCCCCACACCCAGAUAUCAACAACCUGCGUUCACGCAUGAUCACGCGGAGCUACAGUAUUGAUAAGUCUCCGUGCUCCAGUAACGCAGCGUCCCCUCUCUCUCAGAGGAAGGACUUUAACCGCUCCGAGUCACUGCGGGUCGUCUCCAACAGUCGAAUGCACCGGAUCUUCCGGCCUUCAGACCUCAUCCAUGGAGAGGUGCUCGGAAAAGGCUGCUUCGGACAGGCCAUCAAGGUGACCCACAAAGAGACAGGGGAGGUGAUGGUGAUGAAGGAGCUGAUUCGUUUUGAUGACGAGACACAGAGGACAUUCCUAAAAGAGGUGAAGGUGAUGCGUUGUCUGGAGCACCCCAACGUGCUGAAGUUCAUUGGUGUCCUUUACAAAGAUAAGAGACUCAACUUCAUCGCAGAGUACAUCAAAGGAGGAACCCUGAGGGAGACCAUCAAGAAAAUGGACACCAACUACCCAUGGAACCAGAGAGUGAGCUUUGCUAAAGACAUCGCUGCAGGAAUGUCAUAUCUGCAUUCCGUGAACAUAAUCCACCGUGACCUGAACUCAUACAACUGUCUUGUCAGAGAGAAUAACAGUGUGGUGGUGGCAGACUUUGGGCUGGCUCGGCUGAUGGUGGAAGACAAGAUCCAGGACAAGAGUCUCCUGCAGAAGAAACCUGACCGCAGGAAGAGAUACACAGUAGUGGGCAACCCCUACUGGAUGGCCCCGGAGAUGAUCCACGGGAAAAGCUAUGAUGAAAAGGUGGACAUCUUUUCCUUCGGGAUCAUGCUUUGUGAGAUCAUCGGUAGGGUGAAUGCAGACCCAGACUACUUGCCCAGGGCCCAUGACUUUGGUCUGAAUGUGACAGGCUUCUUAGAGCACUUCUGUCCUCCAGACUGUCCCCCAGCCUUCUUCCCUAUGGCUGCCCUCUGCUGUGACCUGGAUGCUGAGAAACGCCCCGCCUUCACCAAGCUGGAGGGGUGGCUGGAGAACCUGAAGAUGCACCUGGAGAUCCGCCUGCCGGUGGUGUCCGAGCUCGACACACUACACAAAGCGUUUUGGGGAAACCACACCGCCCCCACCAUGGCUUGCACCGCCAUGCGGUCCGAGAACGGCCUGCCCCCACACCCCGAGACUCCGGAGUAGAUGGGAUCUGUAACAGAGUGGAAUGCUGCUGGUCUCAGCCCAUGAGAGAGGGGGUUAUGGUGGUCAUUGAGGAGGGUAGUAGAGCCUCUGGCAUUGGAGUAGUUGCAUUGCAUUGUCCAGGGAGGGGUGAGGCAGGAGCUCUGUAUGUACCUCCUCAUGCCACAGCCGUCACAGUGGUCAUAUAGGCUAACAGUGAGCUGUCGAUGGGCUGUAUAGACUCAGGGGGAACCGAGGAAGGGAAAAGCCAGCCUUGCCUAAAGGCACUCACUCAUUCAACUCCAACCAAGAGAGACUCACUCAGACUACCAUUACCACUAUCAUAGCUUCAGUCUCAUGAUUGCUGUACCUUAGCUGAAUGUCAGGCUGGCAACUGCUAGCUAGCAGUAUCAGUCAAUCCCAGCUGUAAAAACAUCCAUCUUAACACUCAUGUCAUCUUUAUCUUAUUGAGAUGGUGUUCAAGCAUUUUCAGAUGUCACUUAAAAAAAAGAUGCUUCAGCCUCAUUGGUAGGGGUCCCUCCUCCAGAGUGUUUGUACAAUAUCAUGUGUUUGAAAAGUAUUCCUCUGUGUGACUUUGGUUUGAUUUAAUUUGAUGAUAUCAAAACCACUUUUUGAAAUGUUAAAGGAGGGGCCUUUUAUGUGGAUAAUACGAAACACAUAAGUUGAGACGCACACACACAAUCCAGAUGUACAAUAUAAUAGAGCAAAUGCUUUUGAGCAUAAACAAAAAGCUUUUUAAACACUGCAUGACUGUAAAUAGGCCUGUCUGUGUCCAGUAAGCCUUGUCUGUUGUCUCCUCCUCUCCCCCUCUACUGGUGACAGUUGUGUCACAAAUGGUAUCCUGUUCCCUUUAUAGUGCACUGCUUAAGACCAGUUGCUAAAGCGUAUUACCAAGGUAGUGCACUAUAGGGUGCCAUUUGGGAUGCAUUCUUAAAGUGAUGCCCCUGGUAGUGUAGAACAUAUGGUCCAUGAAUGACUAUUCCUUCUCUCACUGUGCAGCACUGACUUGACUUUGAGGUAAACUUCUUUCACACCUUUGAUACAUUUUUCCAUUUCAUAUGUUUAUUACUCUCUCUUUCCUUCUCAUUCACGUCGAGGUGAAAUCUUAUGUAUUCAAACUCAACCCACCCAAUGUAUAUAGCCGGUGAUAAUAUCAUAUUGUAAAUGUUUUAAAUAUUCUAAAUGUACAGACAUAUUUUGUAUACUUAUAAUGUAUGCUACAUUGCCAUAUUUUUAUUGGGCUACCUGUUGAAAUGAAGGAGAAUAAGAAAAGUUAGGCAGUGGUAGCUGAUAUGGAGCAGAUAACUUUCGACAGGGAUGAUGACUUCCUGUCUUGGGUUGCCAUAGUGCCAGACAGUGGUAGGGGGCUUUUAGGAAGUUAAUGCGAAGUAAGAGAGCAUCUUAGGGUCCUAGCUCACUCCUACCGACCAUCACUGUAAGUGUAAGCACUCUCACAAGAUGUGUCCUAUUUACUCCCGUCGUCUCCUCUCUGCAUAUCGAGUUAUUUGAUCUCGUCUAGACUCCAGAGAUUCCCCUGACUAUGACCUUGGAUAUAACUACUCUGUGGGUAUCGCCUCAAUUGAAUGCAACCAUAACAAGAGAAUCAACACAGAGUCAUAAAAUGAAGGUUAUGUAGUUUGGCAUUAUAUGCCAAGCCACAUUUACCGUUUAUUCCUCUCAAAAGAAAUUGAGGAUAAUUUGUUAGUUGUUACUAUAGAGUUAUUUAGUCAUCCAUAGCAGGGUGGAUGUGUUGUGGAAGUUGGAGACAGCCAGACAGUCACAUCAUAGUGUCUCUCUGACCACAAGCCUCUCUCAGUCCUACAGUACAUGGAGACAAACUUAGUCACAACACAAGUCUCCUCUACUCUACAUGGAACUCCCUAUGGGAGGCCCUCUGUUUACACACAAACUGCUGGCUGUAAUUAAUAUCUAUAUUGUAUGUCUGUUGUUAUGCCUCUCAUACUACACUCUCUUGAAAAUAAUCUCUCACUGUAUGUGAAUCUUUCUCUUGAACACAUUGUCACUCUCAUUCUCUCACACGUGUUCUUUUUCCAUCAAACAUUUUCUCUAUUCCCUCUUUUCUACUUGAAGAUGAGCUGCAUGGUGUACUUGCUAUUGCGAUCACUUCUGCUGUAUAACCAGGCUAUUCUUUUAAUUUUAAAGCUAAAAUUGUGAUUAAAAGGAAAGAAAGAAAGAGACAGGAAAGAGUGUACAGACAGAGACAGGAAAGAGUGUACAGACAGAGACAGGAAAGAGUGUACAGACAGAGACAGGAAAGAGUGUACAGACAGAGACAGGAAAGAGUGUACAGACAGAGACAGGAAAAAUGACAAAAGACAUAAAAAAAACACAGCAUCUCUUUUUAUAUAUAAUGACUGAAAUCUUUUUGUAUAGAUUUGAGUACUUUGAUUUGCACUUUCAAUUUUGGGUUACUUGUGAUAAAGAACUAAAAUGACGGUUGAUAAUAUGAAUGCAAGUCACUGAUGGAGCCUUUCAAUUAAAUUGUAAACAUGUCCUGGGAAACUCUUCCUUCUUUGUAGCAAACCAGAGUUAGGUGGCCAUUCUGAUGCCUGCAGGUAUUUAUUAUUAGAUAACUCUGUUACAGCAUGUCUGUGUCCAACUUGGUUCUCAUUUCAGACAUAUCCUCAUCUUUAAAAACAUGGUACAUGCAACAUUGAGGGGUUCAAAAGAGAUACCUCCCAGGCCUACCUUCUAAUUGUCUAAACUAUUCAGUCUUGUUAUUUCAAAUUCUUCUAGUUUGCUACAAAGAGGAUGAAAUAACCAUGGUCUGUCUGCUGCCUAUAGACCGAUCCUUUGUGAAUUAAGUUCUGUGUUUUCUUGACUGUUUCACCGUACGGUGAUGUCCAGAGAGGGUUAACCACUGUUAGUCUGUCAUCAGGAGAGCACUUGUACGGUGCCUUUUUUCACAUUAUUGUGCCAACCCGAACAGUAUUGAGCUGGCUAGAUAUCUUCCUUUCCAAAACGAUUCCAGAAACUAGGCUGGAUGUGAAACAAGGCCAGUGUAGUGCACAUCUGUUUGCCUUGUCAUGGAAUCGGCUCAGUUGUGUGAAAAGGGUACACUUACUGGCCUAUUCAAUCACCAAAAUCACAGUAGUACAAUAAGCCUCCAAUGAGCAUGCAGUCCUCUACCUACCUGUCAAUGUAUAAAUCAGUACAGAAAAUAUCUCUCUUAUGCACAUCUUCUGCUAAUGUGUUUAUCAAUGGGCAUGUGUGGGAAUUCAAUUGAAGUAUGUAUGGGACUUUGCCAUGUUUGUAAAUAUGUAUCACCAUGUAUGUCAAAGCCACAUUGUCAAGCAUGUGUAUGGAUGUAUGGAUGAGAAUGUGUCAGCAGCACUUCUUUGCAAAGUAUCCUUACCGCUGAACAAUAUGCUGUGCCUUUGUUUUAAAGCUAGCCUUGCCAACGACUCGACUCGAAAUACGUUUGUUUUAAAGCUAGCCUUGCCAACGACUCGACUCGAAAUGCGUUUGUUUUAAAGCUAGCCUUGCCAACGACUCGACUCGAAAUACGUUUGUUUUAAAGCUAGCCUUGCCAACGACUCGACUCGAAGUGCGUUUGUUUUAAAGCUAGCCUUGCCAACGACUCGACUCGAAAUACGUUUGUUUUAAAGCUAGCCUUGCCAACGACUCGACUCGAAGUGCGUUUGUUUUAAAGCUAGCCUUGCCAACGACUCGACUCGAAAUACGUUUGUUUUAAAGCUAGCCUUGCCAACGACUCGACUCGAAAUGCGUUUGUUUUAAAGCUAGCCUUGCCAACGACUCGACUCGAAAUACGUUUGUUUUAAAGCUAGCCUUGCCAACGACUCGACUCGAAAUGCGUUUGUUUUAAAGCUAGCCUUGCCAACGACUCGACUCGAAAUGCGUUUGUUUUAAAGCUAGCCUUGGCAACGACUCGACUCGAAGUGCGUUUGUUUUAAAGCUAGCCUUGCCAACGACUCGACUCGAAAUGCGUUUGUUUUAAAGCUAGCCUUGCCAACGACUCGACUCUAAAUGCGUUUGUUUUAAAGCUAGCCUUGCCAAUGACUCGACUCGAAAUGCCUUUGUUUGAACUGAUUUUUUUGUGUAAAAUUCAACCCUGAUGAUAAUGAAUGGAUUUAACAUCCUUGCUGAUAUUUUGUUUUAUUAUGAAAUUGUCCUCUUGUUGUAUAUCAUAUUUAUAUUUUCCAUAUUUCUCCAUUUUUGAUAUCUUAGGGAUUAUGGUUCAUUUUAUUUUCCUUUUAUUUAAAAAAACAAAAACAACACAAGCUGUGAACCUUUCUGCACUUUAAUCCUGAACGUGAACAUUGAGAACCCUAGGAGACCACUGUAUUUCAUCACAGCUGGAAUAAACGUGUUGCUCCUUUUAAUGAAA